AUGCUGCGGCAAGUGAUACACAGAGGGCUGAAAGCUUCCUUCUACUGGCUGGGUUUGUUCGUGAGCAGGCAUCCGGUGUUCUUCCUCACCGUCCCCGCAGUCCUGACCAUCAUUUUCGGAUCCACGGUGCUGAGCCGCUUUAAGCCCGAAACGGACCUGGAGAUCCUGGUCGCCCCGACGCACAGCCUCGCGAAGAUCGAGCGGAGUCUCGCCAACAGCCUCUUCCCCAUCGACCAGUCCAAGCACAAGCUGUACUCGGACCUGCACACCCCCGGCAGAUAUGGCAGACUCAUUCUGCUGGCCAGAUCCGGGGGAAAUAUCUUGGAGCUGGCCGAGCAGGUGCUCCAGGUGCACAAGAAGGUCCUGGAUAUGCGUGUCAAUUAUAAAGGCUUCAAUUACACUUUCGCGCAUCUCUGUGUCCUGAGGCACCGGGACAAGAGAUGCCUGUUGGAUGAUAUCAUCACCAUAUUUGAAGACAUUCGCUUAGCUGUUUUGUCUAACAGCACUUUUUCCAAGGUCCCCGUGAGCUAUCCGAACACGACGUUAAAGGAUGGUCGGGUGUCCUUUAUUGGCCAUCAGCUGGGCGGUGUGGCCUUGCCCGCAAAUAACCGGGACCAACAGGUCAAGUUUGCUCGCGCCAUCCAAAUCACCUACUACCUCCGUAACCUUGGCCCAGUGGUGCAGGACAUCAUUGCUGAGAAGUGGGAGACUGAAUUCUGUAAGCUGGUGCACCAACUGGCUACAGACAGCCAGGAACUACACAUCCAGUCUCUCACGUCCUUCAGCUUAUGGCGGGACUUCCACAAGACAGGCGUAUUGGCCAAGAGCGAGGUGCUGGUCAGCUUGGUGCUGGUGCUCUUGGCAGCCACCAUCUCCAGCUCCAUGCGGGACUGCUUACGCGGAAAGCCCUUUCUGGGCCUGUUGGGCGUCCUCACCAUCUGCAUCGCCAACGUGACGGCAGCUGGGAUUUUUUUCAUCUCUGAUGGGAAAUUUAACUCUACGCUGCUCGGGAUCCCCUUUUUUGCCAUGGGACAUGGGACGAAGGGUGUGUUUGAGCUUCUGGCAGGCUGGAGAAGAACCAGAGAGAGUUUGCCCUUCAAGGAGAGAGUGGCGGAUGCGUUUGCUGAUGUGAUGGUGUGCUACACUAUGACCAGCUCGCUCUACAUAAUCACCUUCGGCAUGGGCGCCAGUCCUUUCACCAACAUUGAGUCUGUGAAAGUCUUUUGCCAGAGCAUGUGUGUAGCAGUACUGGUUAACUACUUUUAUGUAUUCUCCUUCUACGGCUCCUGCCUGGUGUUUGCCGGGCAGCUGGAGCAAAACCGAUAUCACAGCGUCUUCUGCUGCAAGAUCCCCUCAGUGGAGUAUCUGGACCGCCAGCCCACUUGGUUUAAGACCAUGAUGAGCGACGGCCAUGAUCUGUCUACACACCACGACAGUGUCCCGUACCAGAACCACUUCAUUCAGCACUUCCUAAGGGAGCAUUACACAGAAUGGAUAACCAACACCUACGUCAAGCCUUUUGUGGUGAUCCUCUACCUGAUUUAUGCCUCGUUUUCGUUCAUGGGAUGUUUACAAAUCAGCGACGGCUCGAACAUAAUUAACCUGCUAGCUAGCAAUUCGCCCAGUGUGUCGUUUGCCCUGACCCAGCAGAAAUACUUCAGCAACUACAGUCCUGUGAUUGGGUUUUACAUCUACGAACCCAUCGAAUAUUGGAACUCCACAGUACAGGAGCACCUCAAGACACUGGGACAGGGCUUUAAUAAGAUUUCCUGGAUCGAUAAUUACUUUCACUUUCUGAGGGUUGUGAAUAUUAGCGCGUCCACCAAAAGUGACUUCAUUAGCAUCCUUAAAACUUCUUUCCUGAGGAGCCCAGAAUAUCAACACUUUGUGGACGACAUCAUUUUCUCCAAAAACGGAGCCGAGUAUGACAUUAUUGCAUCCAAGAUGUACUUGGUGGCCAGAACGACCGAAAAAACCAGGGAGGAGGUCGUGGAGCUGCUGGAGAGACUUCGACCCCUCUCCCUUAUAAACAGCAUCAAGUUCAUCGUUUUCAACCCAACGUUUGUGUUCAUGGACCGCUACAGUUCCUCCAUCAUCUCUCCAAUCCUGACGUCAGGUUUCAGCGUGCUCACCAUUCUCAUCCUCACCUUCUUCCUGGUCAUCAACCCGCUGGGGAACUUCUGGUUGAUCCUGACCGUCACCUCCGUGGAGUUGGGCGUCUUGGGUCUUAUGACGCUCUGGAAUGUAGACAUGGACAGCAUCUCAAUCCUGUGCCUUAUUUAUACUCUCAACUUUGCCAUGGAUCACUGUGCCCCCCACCUCUACACGUUCGUACUGGCCACUGAGCACACACGGACUCAGUGCAUCAAGAUCUCUUUAGAGGAGCAUGGGGCUGCCAUUUUGCAGAACACCUCGUGUUUUGUGAUUGGGAUAAUGCCUCUUCUUUUUGUGCCUUCUAACCUGACCUACACACUGUUCAAGUGCUCGCUUCUCACCGCCGGCUGCACAGUGCUGCACUGUUUCGUCAUCCUUCCGGUGUUUUUGACAUUCUUCCCACCCUCCAAGAAGCGCCACAAGAAAAAGAAACGGGCCAAGCGGAAAGAGCGGGAAAGGGAGAGAGAGCGGGAGAGGGAGAGAGAGGAGAUCGAGUGCAUUGAAGUCAGGGAAAACCCAGACCAUGUGACCAAUGUUUGA